AUGGAACAAAAAAGAAAAAAAUUAUCUGGAAGUCAAUACAAAAAGAAACGCUUAAAGAAUGAGGAACAAGAAAGAAAGCUCAGCAAUGUUAUGAAGAAAUUCUUAGUACAAAAGUGCGGUUUAGAUGAGCCAUCCACAUCAGCAGCAACUGAUUUGGCAAAUAACAACACAGUGCCGCCCCAAUCACUUCCAGAAGAAGUUGUUGAAGAGAGCCAAAUACUAACACCAUCAGAUCUUCAUGAACAGCCGGGCAGCACAUCCACGUCAACUGCGACUGCCUUGGAUUUGGCAAAUAAAAACACAGUGCCGCCCCAAUCAAUUCCAGAAAAAAUUGUUAAAGAGAUCCAAAAAAUAACAUCAUCAGAAGUUCAUCAAGAACCGGGCCGCAUUAGCAGUGGUAGUCAGCAGGUAUUAAAAGAAAUUCCUUCAGAUCCUGCAUUAUGGCUUACUUUCUGCAUGUCAUCUCAAACUCGUCAACUACUGGUUGAGAGGGUUCCCCAUCAAAUUAAAGAAUUCGAGUUUCCUAUUAAUAAAGGAAAGCGUAGAUUUUUGCCCUCUUCGUCUGAUAUUAGUGACUGGCCCAAAAAAGGCUAUUCUGACUGGAAAAAUCUUAUAAGAGCCCUCACAAUGCACGAAAAGUCUGUAAAUCACAGAAAUGCUUUUAGAGCAUGGAAAGAAUUGGACAUUCGAUUGAAGCAGAAAAAAACUAUUGACGAUGAAUAUCAACGAAUUAUGGAUAUGGAACUUCAGCAUUGGAGAGGAGUUAUAAAAAGAAUUAUGUCAAUAAUUAAACUAUUGGCCUCACAAUGUUUAGCUUUUCGUGGAUCAACUGAACAUUUGUUUCAACCUAAUAACGGGAACUUCCUAAAGUUGGUAGAAUUACUUUCUGAGUUUGAUCCAGUUAUGGAAGAACAUAUCAGGAGAGUUCAACGAGAGUCUGAUAAAUGUGAUUCAACCGGAGAAGGUUUGGCAAAACUUAUUCUGACACAUUUGGAAAAAUUAGGUUUUGAGUUAAAGUGGCUAAGGGGACAAGGCUAUGACAACGGAGCCAAUAUGAAAGGACGUUGGGAAGUGCUAAAAAAAUAUGUUUCUCAAUUAACUCUGAAACCAUUAAGUGCUACUAAGUGGGCAAGCAGAAUAGAUGCUUUAAAACCUUUACGAUUUCAACUUUGCGAAAUCUAUGAUGCAUUGAUUCUGAUAAUAGAAGACGUCAAUAGAGAUGCAGAAACUAAAGUUAAAGCGAGAGGGUUAGCAAAAAAUAUUAAAAAUUACAAGUUUAUAUGUGGAGUAAUUCUUUGGCAUGAUAUUUUGUUUGAAAUUAAUUCAGUUUCGAAGCUUUUGCAAUCUGUUACUAUAAAUAUAUCAGAUUGUGUAAGGAUGCUAUCAGAAACCAUAAAAAAAGUGAAAAGUUAUAGACAAUCUGGAUAUGUUCAGAUAAAAAUUGCUGCAAAGGAGAUAGCAGAGAAUCUCGAAUGCAGUACAGAAUUUCCUGAUGACACUGAAGUUAGACCCAGAAGGAAAAAGCGUCAAUUUGACUAUGAAAAAGCUGUCGAUGAACCCUUAACAGAGGAGAAAAAAUCUAAAAUAAACUUUUUCAACUAUAUUCUGGACAUUACCCUUAAUUCUCUGAAUGAACGAUUCACGCUUCUGGAAACCCAUAGCAAAAAAUUUCAGUUCUUAUAUGACAUUUUAAAACUCAAGGAUAUAGAUGACAAAACGCUAGAAAAUUAUUGUUCCAGUCUUGAGUUUAUACUUUCGGUUGAAAAUGAAACAGAUAUAAAUGCAAAUGACCUUAGAGAAGAAUUGCGUGAUGUAUCCAGAAUGCUACCAUAUUCUACGAAACCUUUGAAUGUUUUAAAUUAUUUAUGCCAAAAUAGCUUAAUUAGUUUGUAUCCAAAUACUGUUGUAGCUCUGAGAAUUUUAUUAACUCUCCCUGUAUCUGUAGCUAGUGGGGAAAGAAGUUUCUCCAAAUUAAAAUUAAUAAAAAACUACUUAAGAAGUUCAAUAGGACAAACAAAACUUAAAAAUCUGGCAUUAAUUUCUAUUGAAUCUGCAAUGGCUAACACUCUAGACUACACAUCAGUAAUUAACGAAUUUGCUAAAGUUAAAGUUAGAAGAGUAAAGCUGUAA